GCCGGUCCGGACGUGUGCGAAGAAGCACUGCAUCCGAAAUAUCGACGACAACAAGAUCGAUGCCCGGCCGAAGAACAUCCACUGGACAUUCUGUCCUGCUCAGCUCCGGGUCUAACCAAGUCUUUGCUCACCCUGGGCACCGCUCUCUUUUCCACCCGCCUUCUGCACACAUUCAUUGUUUGA